CCGCCCAGAAUGCCCUUCCACCGUGGACCCGCCCUUUCCGUGACGCACGCGCUUGUCCGCGCCUUCGGCGUCCUCACCCUCUCCUUCCUUAGGCCCUCCGACCCCGCCCCCUUGCGAACGCUCCGUUCUCGCCCCAUCCCUUUUUGAACCCAGCCAGGCACCCAGCCCCUCCUAUUUAGUACCCAAAACGUAGACCCUCGCCUCUUUAGAACAUUGAGACCAAGACGUAUCCCGGACCCCUUCCCCACAUCCUCAGGGACCGGUGGCGCCGAUGGGUGGGAAAGUAGGAGAUCCUUUCUGGAGCCUGAAAAAAUGGGGGUUGGGGGGCUGUUCGCGAUGUCAAUGCCGGGCUCUAGGACCCAGCGGGCAAGUGCGUCUGCCUCGCGCUUACCCCUCCCCCAAGCCGCCCCCUCCCCCUCACCCAUCUUCCAGGUUCCCCCUCCCUCCCCCCUCGCCCCGGCUCCCGGUGCCCGUCUCUAGCGCCGCCGGAACCAGCGAGGGAGCCGGAGCAAACAGGAGGAGGAGGAGGAGGCCACGUCGCCGCCGCUCGGAGCCCGGCCGGAGCCUCCCAGGCAGGUACAUGGUUCGGGUCCGAGCCGUGGUGAUGGCCCGAGAUGACUCCAGUGGGGGCUGGCUGCCUGUGGGGGGCGGGGGCCUCAGCCAGGUGAGCGUAUGUCGGGUCCGAGGGGCCAGGCCCGAGGGGGGGGCCCGCCAGGGGCACUACGUCAUCCACGGGGAGCGCCUCCGGGACCAGAAAACCACCUUGGAGUGUACCCUGAGGCCAGGCUUGGUUUACAACAAGGUGAACCCCAUCUUCCAUCACUGGAGCCUGGGUGACUGCAAGUUCGGGCUGACGUUUCAGAGUCCUGCAGAGGCUGAUGAAUUCCAGAAGAGCCUGCUGGCUGCGCUGGCCGCACUGGGUCGAGGCUCGCUCACCCCCUCCUCCUCCUCCUCUUCCUCCUCCCCUUCCCAGGACACCGCAGAGACUCCCUGCCCUCUGACGUCCCACGUGGAUAGCGACUCCUCCUCCAGUCACAGCCGCCAGGAGACACCUCCAACCGCCGCGGCGGCCCCCAUCGUCACGGUGGAGUCAGCUUCGGGCUUCGGGCCAGCCACGCCCCCCCAGCGCCGCCGCUCGUCUGCUCAGAGCUUCCCUCCACUCCUACCUUUCACGGGGAUUCCGGAGCCUUCAGAGCCCCUGGCCGGGGCAGGGGGCCCGGGCUGGGGCGGCCGCGGCUACGAGGAUUACCGGCGCGCCGGGCCGCCUGCGCCUCUCGCCCUGUCCACCUGUGUCGUGCGCUUCCCCCUGAAUGGCCCAAGGUGCUUUAGGAGCACUGGAUCCAAGGCCCUGAGGUGCCACUGA